CCAGUUGAAGUUCAACAUGGCUCGUAACGUGGCAGUGACCUCCCUCCUUGUGGCUCUUUGUCUCGUGGCAGCAGUUGCUGGACACAGCACGUAUGGCAUUGGCGGACACAGACCUGUUGUCCACGGUAGUGGUGUACUCGGUGGUGUCCACGGAGGUGUCCACGGAGGUGCCCUUGGUGGUGUUCACGGCGGUGUCCACGGUGGUGUCCACGGAGGCAGUGUUCAUGGCGUAGGACUCGUAGGCUCUGGCAUCCAUGGCGCAGGUCUCGUAGGCUCUGGCAUCCAUGGUGCAGGUCUCGUAGGCUCUGGCAUCCAUGGCGCCGGAUCCUUCAACACCGCCCAUUACCCUGGUCUUGUGCCUGGUCACAGCUUCUACGACCAAAGACCCGUGCUCGGAUACAACACCUGCAAGUACUGGUGCAAGAGUAAUUAUACCAACAAGUACUACUGCUGUCAACGACCUUACCAAGGAUAGGCUCACAAUUCUUUACUUUGCCAUAAAAUGAUUUAGUUCCGUAAACAUAAAACUAAAUAUUUUCA